AUAGAACAUGUUUUCUGUGCUACGAUGUCAGAGGGAAUCGAAUUUGAGGGCAAUGUAAUUGGAACAAACACAAAGACCGAUUUCCCAACAUAUGCCAAUGAAGAUGACGACAAGCCAAAACCAGCUUCGGUGUAUAAUCAAUGGUGGAAAAGACCUGGAGUUGCAGCAGUGUGUCUUGGACUGCUGUGUGUUCUGCUUCUGGCUAGGAUCAUAGGACUGGCUUUCCACUAUGGAGUCAUUGGGCAUCAAUACUUCACAGAAAAAGACAAACUACAGACUAGCUACAACAACCUGACUGAAGAGAGAGACCAGCUACAGAUUAAAUACAAAACCCUGACUGAAGAGAGAGACCAGCUACAGAGUGAGAAAGACAGCUUUUUACCUGUGUUUGGCAACAGCAACUAUUACGUCUUCAUGGAACAAAAUAACUGGGAAUAUGCAAAGCAGUACUGUCUGAAUAGAGGGGCACAGCUAGUCAUCAUAAACAACCAAGAGGAACAGAAAUUCCUAAUUUCAUUAAACAUACGUACUUGGAUCGGUCUGUCUGACAUAGAGACUGAGGGGACCUGGAGAUGGGUGGAUGGCACACCUCUGACUACAGCGUACUGGGGAGAAAAAGAGCCUAAUAAUGCUGGUGGAGGGAAAGACUGUGCCGAGAUUUAUCAUUGCAUUACUGAUCCUGUAAACAAAUGGAAUGACAAUUCAUGUACCUCUCAACUUAACUGGAUUUGUGAACAAACCAUUGAUUAACAAUACCUUCUUAUCUACAGUACAAUCAGAAUGCAUUAAGGCUGUACACAAACAAUAAACAA